GUGUGAUAGAAAUUUGCAAAACAGAACCUAUGGAAGAUUUUGAGUAACGUUAAACUUUAAAGAAAAAGGAUUGUAUCCCAAGCCCUCCCCAAACUAACAGCUGUGAUGUCACGCUUGGCAUGUUUUUUGGCCAUUGGCUGUGCCUCACUCCAGCGCCUCGAGACGAUCCGUAAGAAAUGAACCUGGAUCCUGUUCCUGAAAGUUGAUGGCAAAGUUUAAAUGCCCCAAAUAUUCGGAAGCGAAGCAGAAUGCUGAGGAGAGACACAUCUCGAUCUUAUCAGGAGUUUAACGGUGAGGACUGUGCUGGGCCAGAACACUACCAGAACAAUGUUGUUUCUGAAGUGGAGCAAGAUCAAGCCAGCUGUGACCCUUCACCAGAUGAGGACAUUGUGGACAACAAUCUAAUGGCCAUUGGUUUCAACAAAGCUUGCCUGAAGAAUGUUUUCACAAUCAUCCUUGUCCUCAUUUAUUUGCUGCUCACUACGGUGGCUGUGUUCUUGGCCUACCAAACCAUUUCAGACUUUAUGGAGAAGCUCAACCAUCCAGUCAUGUCUGUUUCAUACAAAGAGGUUGAGGAGUUUACUGCACCAGGAAUAGCUUUGUAUCCUGGGAAGGCGCAGUUAUUAAGUUGCAAGCAUCAUUAUCACGACAACAUUCCACCUCUUGUUGCAUUGGACAUACUAGAGGAAAGAAACUGUAUAAAAGAGGAGGUUAUUUACCACGGGCCAUAUUCAAACCAGACACAAAAGCGGGCCAUAGUGGUCAGAGGGCCAACUGAUGUGAGGAACCGAGAACUUCUAUUCCUCCAGUUCAGUCGGAAUGAAACGGAUGAGGAUUUCAGUGCAAUCAGUUACAUGAUUUUUGCCAAAUUUAGUGACAUGCUUGAAAGCUCAGAUAAAGCUGCUUUUAUGAUGGACUGUGAAAGGAAUUACUCAAUGUGGACCUUCUCUGGAGGCUUUCGGACAUGGGUCAAAAUGUCUUUGGUCAAGACGUCAGGCAGAGGAAAUGAAUCCGUUGAAUUUAGACAGGAGUCCAAUGUGGUGAAGUACAUUGACAAGCGGCCUCCACAGGAGCAAGCCAAUGAGCUGUUCUUUGUUGUGUUUCAAUGGCGAGAUCCAUUUAUACAGCAAGUAAAAGAUAUAGUCACCGCAAACCCGUGGAACACCAUAGCCAUAUUGUGUGGCGUCUUCAUGGCUCUAUUUAAAGCAGCAGACUUUGCCAAACUCAGCAUUAAGUGGACGAUCAAAAUUCGUAAAAGACACUUAAGGGCAAAAAUGAGAGAACUGAACCAAAUAAGCUAAUUCUUUUCCGAUUCAUCUCUCAACACAGUGUUGAACACUACAACAAUUUUAUUUACGAACAUCAAACACUUUGAGCUUUCUGCAAGCUUUUUUUCAGAGCAAAGAGUCUAUUACACUUUCAUUAGAAUUGUGCUGAUGUUAUAUAGUACAUUUUGUUUUAACUGGAUAAUUUUAACUUGAUAUUGUAAAGUAACUACUUAUAGUGAACAGUGAAUGCUGAGGCAUGUGUUCUAUAGUACAAGGGCAAAGUGUAUUCAUGUGGUUGUGACACUGAAAUAUUAACUAUUUGCACCCGUUCUAUGUGAGAUUAAGCUAGUUAAAAUGAUUACUAAGACGAGAUUUUGCUGAAACAAAAAAGGCUUUUAAUGACAAGGACCUUUGGUUAUGGUGGAUUACCCAACAAUAAAUAACUACUGCAGGGCAUACAGUGACAUCAAAGUUUUGUAACGCUGGGGAUCUUGUCUUACUGCUGUUUUCUUUUUUGCUAUCAAUGUGAAUGAGAUAAGUUUUAUUAAUAUGACACAUGUUGUAUAAACCUAUACAAAUCAUAUUAAAUUAUUUCAUUGAUUUAAAAACGUUCUGAAAACAUGCAUUAUUUAACCAUGCUUACAAAACAAGUUGAACUUGUAUUUUUGCUA